UCCUGAAAAAAAAACCUAAGAGCUCCGUUCAGAUUGCCGACAAAUAUAUAUCUAACGUUCUCACCAGAUGAUGGAAUUCGAGGCUCGAGCUUCGCAGUGGCGCGCAAUCAGACACGGCGAGCUCAGCACGCAGUCGCCGCUUCCCGGAAAUGAUGAAGUUCAGUCAUCUUUCAAGGAAUGUUGUCAAAUGCAGGGCUUCAAUUUUCGAUCCGAUCCUCAUGGCGUCUUCAAGGAGCUUCUCAUCCGUUGAGGAGCAGCAGGAGCCGGUCGCCGACCCUUUUUACGGUUCUGCACAGGGUACUGUCUAUGGCCGGCUGACUGGUUUUGGAAGAAACACUCUGAAAACAGAUAUUAUUCAUUUCUAUGAGGGAUGUAAUCUGUCUACAUCGGAUGUGAAGUUUGAAUACAACAAUUCAUUUAACCCAAUUUCAAUGUUGUUGCAGUUUCCUUCACAAUCUUCCUAUGACGCAGCUUUGAGACAAACUACGAGAAAGGGUCGCUUGUACAAGUUAGAUAAGAUAAAUUCUGGCCAGUGGGACAUCACUGAAUCGCAUGAUGGUAGAACGGUUCUAAUUCAGGGGAUUCCCAGCAACGCCGUUCGAGAAGACAUUGAGCGCUUUCUAUCUGGUUGUAAUUUUGAUCCCAAAUCCUUCAGAUUCAUCUCCAGGAAUGCUUUGCAAAAUACUGUCAAAGCUGUAGCUGUCCGAGUGGCAUCUGGUCUGGAAGCAGUGAAUUUUCAAAUCAGGAAGAACAGGAGCAUAUGCUUCAACUCACCUGUUACUGUAAGAGUUCUACAGUAGAAAUAACAUCUUACCUGAUCGUAACUCGUUUUAAAUUAUCUGUAUUUUAUACAUUUCAAUACAUUUUGUCAUUUGCAAAUUAUUUUUUUUUAAUG